GUUAAGUUUUCAAGGACACAAUGAAUCUCCUCGCACGUCCUCACAUCGCGGCCGGGCUCUAUCCAUCCACACGUAGGAAAUGCUAUGUGCAGACAGGCGCUCAGCAGCUCAAGAAUCGCUUGAAUACAAGUAUCAGGGCUCAAAGUAACAAUUCCAGCAGCGAGCCCACACAGGAGUAUGUGACGGGCGGAGAAGUUGUGCGGAUGCCGCUUGGCGCCGUCCAGCAAAUGCCCGAGUCCCAGCAGGCUGCUGUGGUGGCUGGCAUCUUCGCUGCCUUGGCUGCCAGCACCUACCUGUGCUGCACCGUGGCGGGCCCAGCCAUCGCGGACAACCUGCCGUGGCUGUACCAGGACUUCGUGGCCAGGCGCACUGUGGUGCUCGGCGGCAUCUUCGCGGCGGCGGGUGUGGCGCACUUCACCAGCAAGGACGCCUUCGAGAGCAUGGUCCCGCGCCCCGGCGCCUGGGGCUUCUGGAACCUGCCCGGCUCAGCCGCCUUCCACGUGGAGUGGACCGGUGUUGCCGAGAUCCUGGGCGGCGGCGCGCUGGUGGCGACCAGCACCGUGCCGGCCCUGGCCGCCGCCUACCCCUGGCUGCAGCCGGCGGCGGCGGCCGGCCUGUUCGCACUGACCGCUGUGGUGACGCCCAGCAACAUCUACAUGUUCACACACAACGCGCCCGGGCCCGUGCCCAAGGUCAUUCCACUGCCGGGCCACUUCAUGCGGCUGGUGGUGAUGCAGGGAUUCUUGCUCAGCCAGUUUUGGGACAUGGCGCACCUGUGACCCGCUUGGCAUACACACCAGUAAGCGCCGCUUGGACGUGCGGCGUCCUCCAGCUGGUCUGGUGGGGCAAGCAUUGUACGCUUCGGCACACUCGCGCGCCGCCGGACUGACCAGGCAGGCGGGGCUUCACGAUUGCACUCUGAGGCAACUCUAGGCACGUGUGAAAGGGCGGUUUGCGAAGCCGGACAAGGCAGGUGGUGAUGCCGUGCAUGAACGUGACGUACUAACGUGUGACUGUGACAGGGCCUGUCGUACUGUUUGCGAGGGCGCAAACGUGGAACGGUGUAGGCGCUUUCUGCAUCCCCUCUGCGUGCAUCAGAUUGAUACCGGUAGUGAGUGUGCCGAAACUUGACAUUGUGGUUAGACCGUUAGAGCCUGCGAAAGGACUCAGAAAAGGACCCCUGCACACUGGGGACUGUCCCGAUACUCGAUACUGUAAUGCUGCAUUGAC